UAAAAAAUGUCUUUAUUUAAAAUUCGAAAUUUUUGGACAACACACAGCGAACACGACGAAUCUUUUGACCAAAACUCUCUAAUCGUUCAUAAACUUAAUUCUGAUUUCGAUGUGAUUAUUACGGCAAGCCAUAGCGGGAUUUUAAGAAUCUUUAACCCAAAUUGUACGCUUAUAGAUAAUGGUGGUUAUCAAGGGUUUAGUCCCAAUGAUUUAGUGGUAGAAAAAAGUUGUGAUAGUCCAAUUUUGCAGGUUGCUACAGGAAAGUUAGUUUUAGGAAAUCCGUCAACUCAACUUGCUGUCCUUCAUCCUAGGUCACUAACAGUUUAUUCUUUAGUUUUCCAUGCUGGAAAGACGGAUCACGGUAACCAAAGUUAUCUCCAAGUAGUUUAUGAACACAAACUGCAUAGGUCUGCAGCAAGUUUCGUUAUUGGUCCCUUCGGUGGUUGCCAAAACAGAGAUUUUAUAUGCGUGCAGUCCCUAGAUGGAAUUUUAAGUUUUUUUGAGCAGGAGAGCCAAGUACAUCAUGUCACUCUGCCCGAUUUUCUGCUACCUGCGCCGCUGUGCUAUAUAAUUAAGACUGACAGUUUCGUUACAAGUAAUAGUGGAUGGGAAAUUAUCAGUUAUAGAUAUAAAGUUCUGUUAGAUGCCUCAGAAGAGUAUUCAGACCCAAUUUAUGCAAAACCGAAAAUGCUUAGUGAAUGGACCUACAAUUUGGGCGAAUGGCCUGUUGAUAUUCAAGUGAUAAAUGAUGUAAACAACAGACAGACUUGGAUAGUGGUAUUGGGAGAGAAAAAUUUGUUUUGUCUUAGUGAGAACGGGCAACUGAAGUUUAUGAAGAAACUUGAUUAUUGUCCAAUAUGUAUGCACAUAUAUGUUAUAGAUACCAACAUUUAUACAAUAAUUACAUCAGAAACCCAAAUGCUUCUGGUUUACGAAAACACUACCCUAAAAUGGUCAGCUCAAUCUGAGCUUUUACCUGUGUCUCUUAAUAAAAUAUUUCUUAAGGAUAUCAAAGGAGCUUUAGUGUUAUUGUCAGAAGAUGGUCGGUUAGAUUGCUGCUAUUUGGGUACAGAACCUAGUUUCUUCAUUGCCCCACCAUUAAAUGUUCCUGAAAUCGAUUUUGUAAAGGCUGAAGAAGAGUUAAAGAAUUUGGAAAAGACCUUAGCUGAUUCAUAUAAUAUAGAUCCUACCGCUCAAAACAAUACCGAGAAGGAUCUUCAAGUAACACUCUUUGUAGACUCAAAUAUUGAAAUUUGUACAUACCAACACAAUAUUAAAAAUGCUGCUAGCAACUAUAUGUGUCGCGUUACGAUCAAGUUACAACCACAACGAAAUUUUCAGGAGGUUCAAGUUUCUGUGUAUGUUUUAAGGCCAUUAAAGGUGGUUCCUAGCAUACAUUUUUUUAGUAAUCUAUGUGAUGGAAAAACCUUAGAGUCACACGUAUUUGUGGAUGAAGCCCAAGACGUACCUUCACUAGAAUUGGAAAUAAAAGUAUCUCUGAUAACAAAUUUAGGAGUUCCACAUGCCAUAUCGAAAAAAACCAUGCUACCCGCCACGCUAAUAUUAGAAGCCUGUAGUCCUGAAAAAGAAAAUACACAUAGAAUUACACUCAUUAUUAAUCAAAGCGCUGUCGGCCUAUCCAAAUUAUUUCCAGAAUAUAUUGAUAUUGAAAAUCAGCAAUCUUCACCGAAUGCGAUUGGCUUAAGAGGCCCAUCUGGAAAUACUGGCACUAUUUUACUAGCAAAGUCUUCCGAAAGGUAUCGCUUGCAAUCAAACAGUUUAAGCUUAUUGAGUGUUGUGUUAGAGCAGCUAAUUUUGCGACUGAGAAGAAAUUUUGCUAAUGCUAGUGAUUUCAAGAUAAUUUUCAACUCUAGUUUGCCAAGCCCUGAGGUGUUUGAAUAUAUCAGUGAACAUUUUGCUGUUAAGAAUGAAGUUAAAAAGUUGAAGGAAUCUCUAUCUCAAGUAUGCGCUCAAUUUCGCCUCAUCCAAAAAAGACUUAUUACAAAGUACCGAGCAAAAAACCCAAGUUCUCUUAAAUCUUUGGAGUUUUUAUUGGAUGAUACUCAUGCAGACAUCUUAGAAGCAGCAGGCAACCUAGAAAGUGAAAAUGAAAAAUUAUUUAAAUGCCAAAUCAAUUUAUCUUGUGCCUUACACCUAAUCAAGCAAUUAAUUGGCUUAUUAAAUAUUGAUGACGAAUUAGUAACUUAUCUAAAUUCAAUAUUUUGUCCUCUAGUAAAUGAUAUAGAAGGUCAGGCUUGGGAGGAUGUUAUGGAUGGUUCCCUUUGCUACUUACUUCGAACAGUAAUGGCUAAAACUGAAAAAGAUAGACUAAGAGCUCCCCAAACCAGUUUCGAGGAAAUUAAUAAUAUGGCGAAGUUUGAAAAACAUUUUUCACAAGUACUGGAGAGAAUUCCUAAGCAGAACUCAUUAAAAGAAAGUAAUGACGGACUGUUUACUGAAGAAACGGAAAUUCAGCCAGAUAAAUCAGAUGGUUCUUCUUCCGACCAGAAAAUAGAAAAACCUAUCGGAAGCCAGUACGGUGAGUUUAGUACCAGAUUGCUAUCGGCGAGGAAAAGUUUAAUGAGAAGACAUACAACUGGUGAAGGGACCAAUGAAGAUUUAAUAUAAUUAACGAUAAUGUGUGGUGCCGUGAAAGUUUC